UUCCCACUGGCCGAAUGGUUUAUACCAUAAUCAACAAACGAGAAUCGGUCAUACAGGGUCUGGUCAAAAUCACCUGAACUUGGAUUUUGGGGACAUGGAUUCCCAUAAUUAACAAAUGAGAAUUGGUCAUACGGGCUCUUGUCGCAAUCAGACCAAUGUAAUCGAUGACAUAAAAGAUACCAAUGUAAUCGAUGACGUAAAAGAUUGUGUCUAUGUAUAUAUAUGUGCAUAUCGUGAACACAUUAUCUGCAGAAUUGUGGGAUUGCUGAGAGUUGACAAAAAGAUGGGAUCACUAGCCAAAACAGCCCAUGAAAUGGCCAUUGACGGUGAUGAACCACCUCCCCGGUACUUCAUCAAUGAAAACACUUUUGGGUCGAUAGAUGCAUCUCCUCCGCCGCUUCCUAUUCCUACUAUCGAUAUCAGUCUCCUCUCAUUGCCUUCUUCCGGCGAAGAAGUGGAGCAACUCAGAUCAGCUCUCAGCUCAUGGGGCUGCAUCCAGGUAAUAGGACAUGGGAUUCCAGAUUCAUACCUCGACAAGAUACGGGAAGUUGCAAAGCAGUUCUUUUUGCUUCCAAUGGAAGAGAAAAAGAAGUACUCCCGAGGGGAAAAAGACGGUGAAGGGUAUGGUGGCGACUUGGUUGUUUCGGAGAAACAAGUUCUCGACUGGUCGGACCGCCUGACUCUUAAAGUACUCCCUCAAGAUGAAAGAAGACCCAAUCUUUGGCCCGAAUUCCCAACUGAGUUCAGAGAGGUUUUGCAUGAAUACACCAUGAAGAUAAAGUAUGUCCUGGAUACUCUUUUCAAGGCCAUAGCAAGGUCAUUGAAUUUGGAAGAGGAUGCCUUUCUGAACCAAUUUGGAGAUCGAGCACGCUUGACGGGAAGAUUUAAUUUCUACCCUCCAUGCCCACGACCGGAUCAGGUUCUCGGGCUUAAACCCCAUUCAGACAGGUCAGGCAUGACUGUUCUCUUGCAAGACAGAGAAGUGGAAGGCCUUCAUGUGCUAAAAGAUAAUCAGUGGUUUCGGGUUCCCAUUAUUCCGCAUGCUCUUGUCGUCAAUGUCGGCGAUCAAAUGCAGAUAAUGACAAACGGAAUAAUCAAGAGCCCUAUACACAGAGCCGUAACAAAUCGAACGAGGCUGAGGAUUUCUGUGGCUGUAUCUAAUGAAGCAGAGCCGGAGAAAGAGAUCGGACCGGCGGAAGGCUUGAUUGAUGAGGAGAGGCCAAGGUUGUACAGGAAUGUGAAGAACUACGGUGCCAUCAACUUUCAAUGCUUCCAGAGGGGAGUGGUAGCUAUUGACAGUGUCAAAAUCUGAUUCCCAGUUGAGUGAAAUAAGGAGCAGCCUAUAUUACAUGGACUCAGAGCCAGAGGCGGAGCCAUGUUGGGGCUCGGGGGGCCCCGACCCUCCGAGCGUUCAAGUUUUAAAAUUUUUAUUUUGUAUAUACCUGAUUUUGAAUGUUAUUUAUAACUAUUCGUGUAUAGCAACUUAUAAUCUUAAUAAUUCUAGUUUGAUUUGGUAAA